GGUUAACACAGUUUUAAAUUAAUAUUCUAGUAUUAUUACAAUUUUUUAUAGAAUUUAGGGAAAACAAUUUUAAAAAAAAAAGAUAAAAUAUUAUAAACUUGAAGUCAAAUCUAAAUAUUAUAUAAAAUGGGUGCUAUAGGAAAAACAAAAAUUAUUUUAUGGUUAGGUACCAUAGUAUUAAUGUUGGCAGGUAGUCUUGGUAUGAUUAUCUAUAAUAAACCUUUAGAAUUACAAGGAUUGGGAACUAAAUCAAUAGCAGGAAAAGUUUGGUUUAAUGCGGUUAUAGCAUUACAUGCAAUUUAUUUAAUAGGUGUUGGUUUCGAAAUUAUUUCAAGAACAUAUUUAAUGAUGGUUGGAUCUACUUGUUCUGAACAAAGAAGAGGGUUUUUAUGUUGCUUUGUAUAUUCGAUGAGUACUUGGUGGAAAUUAAUGGUUAUUUUAGGUGUAAUUUCAUUUAUUAUUUUAGCUGGUUUAACAGCUCUAAUUAUUGCUUUAGAAGGAUUUGCAAAAAUUAAAAUUAUUCGUUUAGCAAUUACUGACGCAGUUUCAUUAGUUCAAAUAUUAUUUUCAACUAUUAGUUUUGUAACAUCAAGAAAAACUCAAAGAGUUCAAGAUGAGGAAGAAGAAGCCCUCCAUGGUGCCAAGAAACCAGAAGAAAUGAAAUCUCAAUCCACAACAUCAUCACCAUCUACAGCCCCACCUUGUAUGAUAGUAGAUGAAAAACCAUCACAAUCACCAAUUUUAUCAAAGAGUUCUGAGCCAUCUGCAGUUUUACCCGCUUAGAAACAGUAGAAAUAAAUAUAUAUCAAAUAAUUACUUUUUAAAAAACAUGCAUAUAAAAAUUAUAACACAAUAAUCAGAAUAAUAUUUUAAAAUUUAAACAUAUCAUUACAAAUUUAACAUCAAUCAAAACCAUUUAAUUAUAAACACUUUUUAAAUGGUAAAUUAAAAAUAAAGUCAUUUUUAUAAAU